AUGGCUUGUGUAGUAUUCGAAAAACAGAACGAGACGAUCCAUUUCUACCCUAUUCCUAAAUGUCCGUUAACGGAGAUCUUACAAAACGAAGAUUACCGCUCGUUCACACUUGAUGCCGCCGAAUCCUGGGUUGGCCAAUUGACAGUCGAUAUAUCCCAGGACAACAUGAUUGGGAUGGGCGGGUUCAAGACGGCCCACCCAGGAUGGCUCACACUCACUCCCCCUCCCAUUUCUGGGUUUGGCUCCGUUUCCCGCCACGAAAUUGUAGUCAAACGGCCCUUUCACCAAGUAUACCCGCAUGGUGUAUCACAGGGACCUUUCAAGAUCGGUAGGUUUCCUGUGGCAGACGAAUUGCCGAAGCUCUUUAAAGAAGCAAACGUGCUGUACUGGGCGAGUUCUCUUUUACAACUCACCUAUGAUUUCAUUGAUCGUCGCCUCGCUUCGUCUUGUCCGCCACCAUCUCCCAUUCCCCGAGUACGCUUUGUUGAGGCCGGCCUUGCUUUAGCGUUUGUUCAAGGCCCAGCAGCGGCUUCCAAGCCAGGUUCGAAGACAUGCCCUAUUCAUGCAUGCUAUCUCCUGGAAGAACUCAUUGACGGCGGCGACGAUGCAUUUCUCAAGUUUAUUCACAAUACGGAUGCUAAUCCUUUGCUCGAUGAACUUGAUUAUGGCUACGAUUUAGCAGUAUUCUUCUCGUUCACUCAACAUGUUCAAUAUGUGAAGACUGGUGGUUUAGCAUUUAUCUCCGACUACCAAGGUAUCACUGGACUACUAACUGACCCUCAAAUAUUGACGGACCCAUAUGAUAUUUUCGGUGACGGCAACAUAGAAGUCGCAGUGACAAUGUUCGAGGAGCAGCAUAUCUGCAAUGACUAUUGCGAAUGGGCUGGUUUGGAGAAGUAUAUCAGUCUAGAUGAAGCAGUCGAAACUCAUGACUCUUAG